GAAAGAAAUGUCAUUACAAAAUGACCUUGAAACAAACGAAAAUUCAGUUUCGCCUUAUUUGUGUGCAGGAUUCGGGAUUGUGUUUGUUGUGUGUUUGAAUGCUUUGAUAUGGCAAUUUACUGUCACCAAAAAAAUACGUGAUAAGAAAAAAGCAGCGAUAAACAAAUUAUUACAAGAAUUUAAUAAAAAAGAUAAUCCAAAGCAUUUAAAUUGGAGAUUUGCUACCGAACCUCCAAAUGCAGGUGCCAGAUAUCAAAAUGUACUCUUAAUAGAGAUUGGCGAGCCAAUAGAUCUACCAAUAUACGUAAUAAAUAUAUCGGAGACACCGGAACUUGAAAACUACCUAAGAUCAGUUAAUAGCAACGAUAACAAUAACAAUUCUUCAAUUACUCAGCAAUUACAUAGCUCGACAUUCGACUACGAAUUACCUUCAUAUUGUGAUUUAAUUAAAGAUAAUGCAUCUUUGAUUCAAUAA